AUGGAAACUAAUAAUAUUCGUGAUCUAGUUCGAACUGCACCAUUUGGGAAUUGCAUUGAAGAGUGGCAUAUAUUUUUUCUGCAAUUAGAUCGCUUGCUCAAACCCAAUGGCCCUGCCUUGGGAAUCACACUGGUACUGGGAGAUGAUUAUGUUCUACGAUGCGGUUCUUUGAAAAAUUUCUCAUUGGAAAAUGAAGGCAGUUCUACCAUCGAUCAAUUGAAGCUUCCUUUCUACAGUUCAGCUGAGAAGCAUCAGCUGAGAGUUAUGCAAGAUCUUCGUCUCUCACUGGCAAUUCCAGUUUCGGGAUAUGUUGAAGAUAACUUGAAUCAAAACCCAACUAUCCGAGUAUUCAAGCCACUUAAAUUUAGCCUUGAAGGAAGUUUGGCUUGUGUAGCCUUCUCAACGCCUCAAGACUCCGAUUUCGCCCCACCUGGUGACAGUCUGAUACUUCGUUAUACUCAAAUGGGACUUUUAAUUGUGCAUUUCGAUUCUGAUGUGCCUCUACCUGCAGCAGUUUGUGCGGUUGAACAAUUGAAUGUUCCAGUUUGA